AUGUCGUUGCCCACGUCAUUCUACCCUGCCCCCAAGGCCUCUGAUGAGGUCACCAGGCAGUUCUUCGAGCACUCCAGCGCGCCUCGCAUCAACACCGACGCCGUCAUCGUCCAGGCACUAACCCAGCAGUACCCCAACCUCCAGCUCUCGGUCGUGCCACGCCUCUCCAGCGAUCUCCUGUCCUAUGCUGCCGCGGGGCACGCCAGCUUCCGGUUCCUGGGACCAGACAGUAGCGACGAGCUCCCCUCGUCUCUGCAAUGGACAGUCUUCCUCCCUCCUGCCCGCCGCCUCGACGGCGACGCCGGCGUCGUGGCUGAGAAAUUGGUCUACGGCAAGAUGGCCUACAAGUGGGAGGGCCACGACUUCAUCGUCUACCUCGUUGAUGGGCGCGAUGGCAGCGCCUCCUACCCCUCCAUCGCCAACUUCUACGUGCUGUCUGCCGACAAGCAGCAGACCGAGGCGAUGAUCCUGCAGGUCGGCAAGUGGACCAACGAGCUGCAUGACGAGGUCUGGGUCUUCGACGGCGGGUACUGGCAGAAGAGCCAGGACCUGUAUAAUAGCGUCAGGAACGCCUCUUGGGAUAACGUGAUCCUGGACCCGGACAUGAAGAAGGCCAUCAUUGAGGACCACCUCACGUUCUUCGAGUCGAGAGACACCUAUGAAGGACUCAAAGUGCCAUGGAAGCGCGGCAUCAUCUACUACGGGCCUCCGGGGAAUGGAAAGACAGUCUCAGUCAAGGUUCUGUCGUCCUUCCUCAUUGGCGAGAUGCAACGCGGACCGGAGUACUCGAUCAACCAAAUCUUCCUCAAGGCUCGUCAGUUCGCACCUUGUUACCUGGUGUUCGAAGACCUAGACACCAUUGUAUCAGACAAUGUGCGAAGCUACUUCCUCAACGAGGUAGACGGACUGAAGAGCAACGACGGCAUAUUUAUGAUCGGGAGCACGAACCAUCUCGACCGGCUUGACCCGGGUAUAUCUAAACUCUUGCAGAAACGGCCCUCUCGCUUCGACAGGAAGUACUUCUUCCCGGACCCGAACCUGAAGGAGCGCACUGCGUACUGCCACUUCUGGCAGAGAAAGCUUUCGGACAACAAAGACAUUGACUUCCCCGACAAGCUCUGCACUGCCAUCGCGGAGAUCACCGUCGAUUUCAGCUUUGCUUACAUGCAAGAGGCGUUUGUGGCGAGCCUUCUGGCGAUCGCAGGGAGGUCUCACGGCGUUGGCAAGUCUGGUGGCGGCAAGGAGGUAGUCACGGAGGAGUUGGAGGACGACUGGGUGGGCGUCCGGGGCGAUAAGGAUCUUGACGAGCUCGUCUUGUGGGUCGAGAUUCAGAAGCAGAUCAGGAUUCUCAGAGAGGGGAUGGACAAGAGUGGGAUCAAGAUUGGGGAGGUUGAAACAGUGGAUCGGUAG